UUUGUCUUUUUCCUUUUUCGCCCAUAUCUUAGCUCCAUGCCCUUAUCGCACGCACUUUGCGCACGUUAGCCCGUCAUCUCCUCGCGGUUUCCCGGUCACCGAUCUCCGAUCACUGUUGCUCCAAGAGAGUACAGAAGGCAGGAUGUCUGCUGGACUUGAUGGAGUCACAGGUCGACCCAAGGCAGAGUGGACGCCUUCUCGUGAUGCCUAUUUGGUUGAGCUUUUUAUCGGGCAGCACAAUUGUGGGAGGACUGCUUACAAUGAAUUUAAAAAUGAAGUAAUUAGAUCUGUGACACGUGACUUCAACAAGAAAUUUGAUUUGAAUUUAGAAGAGAACCAGAUUAAGAACCGUUACAAUGUUAUGAAGAAAGAUUAUGGUGUUGUAAAAACCUUGCUUGGUCACGAUGGGUUUGGCUGGGAUGAAACUCGACAUAUGGUUGUAGCUGAUGAUAAAGUUUGGGAUAACUAUAUUGCGGUACGAAGCGAAGCACGACCAUUUCGACGAAAGAGCUUUCCUCUGUAUAAACAAAUGACAGUUAUUUUUGAAGGAGAGAGAUCUAACGGCAAAUACCAAUUACCAAGUGGAGUACCUGUGGCAACUGAAGAGGGAAAUAGCAACACAGAAACCGUGCGUUCUUCAGAGCCCAGUAACCUACCCACUCAAGUAGUUGACGGUACCCUUGAUUCAGAUUCAAUAAUUCACGUAAAUGAUAUGCAACCCAAGAAGCGUAAGUCCUUUGCUAUGACAGCAUUAGGUCGUAAGAAAAGAGCAUGCUAUGCCUAUAAAGCUGGGGAGACGAUUGAAAAUGCUUUGUACGAGAUUUUCUCAGCAGCCAAGUUCAAAGCUAUGCAAAGGAAUGCAUCGAAUGAAAACACAUUGUAUCAGAAGUGCCUGGAAGAUUUGCAGCAAUUGGAAGAGUUGGACGACACUGAGUUUACAAAGGCUGUUAAUGUUCUUAGGGAUGACAAAAAUGCAAUUGCAUUCAUGACAAUAAAAGGGCCCCGGCGUUUAACCUGGUUGAGGUCUCUAUGGCAAGCAUAGUUGCCUCCUAAAUGAAAUCGCUAUUCUAAAAAAAAAACUAGCAAAAAAAGAUACAACGUUUGAAGAGAUUGUAUUUU